AUGGUUCUAUGUUUUCUUGCGGGUUUAGUUACUGGAUGGGCAGCUACAUGCCUCUUUAGUACUAGACUUUAUAAUAAAACUAAUCGAUAUUAUAAUACAUCUGAUCUUCAAACUGAAAUCUUAAACAAUUAUAAAAAAGAAUUACUUUUACAAACAAAAGAAAAUGAAAUCAAAAAAAUAACAAAUCAAGUUAGAAAAGAUUAUGAAGAUGCUAAAAAUGAAAUCAAAAAGACAAUUAAAGAAAAUGAUAAAUUUAAAAAAAAAUAUGAAGAAACAUUCGAAAAACUUUUACAAGAAAUAUUAAACAACCAUAAAAACAAAUUAACUAUCAAAAAUAAUAAUGAUAGAAUUAACGAUUUAAAAGAUAAAUCUAAAGAAACAAAUAAUAAAUUAAAUGAAAUGACCAAAAGAAAAGAUGAAUAUGCUAAAAAAUAUCAAAAAAUGAUAAAAAAACUUAAUAACGAAACUUUAGAACAUCAAAAAACUAAAGAAAAAUUAAAAUCUGAAAAACUUCGUCAUGAAGAAACAAAAAACCUUUACAAAACUGAAAAAGAAAAAUUAGAAAAAGAAAAAGAAGCACAUGAAAAAACCAAAAAAAUCGCUCAAGAAGAAAAAGAAAAUCUACUGAAACAAAUAAAUGAAUUAAUCGAAAAAAAUAAAAAACUGGAUAAUCAAAUUAAAGAUGAAGAAAAAAAGAAAAAUGAAUUAAAAAAAAUUGUUAAAACCCUUGAAGAUAAAUAUAAUAAAAAAAUUGGUAAGUUAAAUGAUUUAUUAAAGAAAAAAAAUGAUGAAAUAAAAACACUAAAAAAUGAUCAAAAAAUGUUAAAAAUAAAAUAUGAUCAGGCACGUAAAAAUACUAACAAAAUAAAAAAUGAUUUAAAAGAUUUACAAGAUUUAAUAGAAGAAA